AUGAACCCCCUGAUGAAAAACUUGAAUAUCCAAGCAAAGGAGUUGCUGGAAGUAGUCAAAGGAGUGUGCAGAACAAGCUUACAGAUGGCUUUUCUGGAGCAUUCCAAAAAAGGAGACCAAACAGAUUGCCUAGAAAGAAGCGUCAAAGCUGGAAUGCAGGUUAAGCUUCAAGAUACAAAGAAGAAUGUCUGGGUCACUGGAAAAAUUCUUCUCAUUGCCCUGCCUGUGGCGGGUUUCGUGUUGCUUGUGACAAUAGGAUGUUGCAUCUACUGCUGUUGUUGUCGAAAAACGAGAGCAAGGGGAGGGACUGACAAAGAUGAGGUCAAGUCUCAUCGGAAGAGAAAAAAAAUAGCCGAUAAACACAAGGAAAGGGAAAAAGAAAGGCAAGAGAAACGUGACGAAAUCAGGAAAAAAUAUGGUAUAGAAUCUGUAUGAAGAUGGAAUAAAGUCACAAAUUCAGAAGCUUCUCUUACCAUUGUAUUUGUUAAUGAAGGCUUCGCAAUGACGACAUAUUUUAAGAUGUCAUUAAAAUGCCAUUAAAAUGGCUUUGCUCAGGCUGCAUCUUUGAGUCAAGAGUCUGAGCUUCUGUAGUUUUCUUUGCUUUAUUAACAAUGAUGUUGUGUGGAGACUGUAAUCCAGCAGUUGAACCUAUCAGCUGACUUAGCUUUUGUUGUUAGCAUAUAUAAUAAACCCCAACGAAACCCAAGUGCCGCGAGACAACAUAUAGCGGGUUUUUUGGGUUAACUUUGUGUCAAAUGAUACAUGUGUACUUUUAAUCAGCAGGAGAUGUUACAAAUAAAACUGCGCUAACUUU